AGCCCGACUGUAUGUAUUAUUGGAGUCAUGCAGAAACACCUUUAUCUUUACCUCAAACUCCCGGUCGGUUGAAUGUGAUGUCAUGGCCUCCUACUCCUUCGGAAGCUUUCAUACCCCCAUGUGGUAAUGAACUUAUCCCCGUUGUGUCUUCAGAAAUUGAGGAGAAACUGAAACCCAGACAAGAACUCAGAAACUCUGCUAGAGAUGUUGAAAUAUUAUCUUUGGAACAAGAGAUCGAAAGGCUGAUACAGGAAGUCGAAAAGUAUAAAACUCUCAGCGAAAUACAGGCCCUAACCACAAACGCUGUGAUAGAUUUUAAAUCACCGGUCGAAGAGACAAAACCAUUCGUCACGUGUGAUCAUUCGACUGGUAUGGGGGUUGAAAACAAAAUAACUAAGAAGUCAAUUGCACACUCGGAAGCACAAACAGAUGAAAUUAAUUGCAAGGUUGAAGUCUCAACGCAAACGGAGAAUACGACAGCACAAGGAACUCAAACAUUAGAACUGAAAUCAGAACUCUCGCAAACAAUAACUCUACCUAUUUCCGACAGAACUAUAUGUGUAGGAACAGAAAAUACUUGCACCCCCGUUGAACUAAAGACGUCCUUUUCCCAACCUCCACCACCUCCACCACUCCCAUCAAUUUCAGAAACUGCGAGAUCAUCCUCACCACCAACAAUACCUUCUAUAGAUUACCCACCUCCCCCUCCUCCUCUUCCUCCAAUGCUAAGUAUUAUUAGUCUACCAGCUCCUCCUAUACCGGUUAUGGUUGCACCUCCUCCUCCCCCAAUGCCUGAAAUGACAGGACCACCACCUCCGCCAAUACCUGGCAUGGAAGGACCACCACCACCACCAAUGCCAGGCACGGCAGGAUCUCCACCUCCACAAAUGCCAGGCACGGCAGGACCUCCACCUCCACCAAUGCCUGGCAUGACAGGGCCUCCACCUCCACCAAUGCCUGGCAUGGCAGGACCUCCACCUCCACCAAUGUCUGGCAUGGCUGGACCUCCCCCACCACCAAUGCCCGGAUCAGGUUGUACACCUCCACACCCAAUAGCUGGAAUGACUGGACCUCCUCCUCCACCGAUGCAAGGGAUGGCAGGACCUCCACCGCCUCCAGGAGGACCAACGCCUUUACCAGCGCCUCCUAUUGGGGGUUGGAACCCUGAAAAAGCAGGUAACAUUUUUAUCAUAUUUGACGUGUUCUUAGUAUGUUUGUUGUUUGUGGUAGUCUCUCUAAUACGAAUGAUGAAAACGCAAGAUAUUUUUAAAAUUGUGGAUCCUGAAAUUUCUUAACGAAUCCAAUGGUCGUUUAGGACUAGCGUUGUUU